GUCUCUCUCUUUGACUUUCUCUUGGCACCCAACUCUGAUACUCACUCCCACCACUCUGUUUCCCUCCUGCAUUUCUACUCCACUCUCUGCCCUGCAUUUCCCUCGUUUUUCUAUUUUUGGUCAUUUUUUCCCCCAAAAAUACAACAAAUUCGCUUCUUGGAAUUUAAUUUCUAUAUCUGGGAAAUUCAAAAGUUCGCGUUUGAAUGGAUUGCGAGAGAGAGAGAGAGAGAGUGAGGAAUAUAACGUUAAAAAUAGGAAAUUCCGCUAAAGAGCAGAGCUAAUUCAGCGGCUGCAAUUUUGACUGUCCUACAAAACUGCUUAUUCCAUUCUCAUUAAAUUUACCUUAAACGCUGCUAUACGCCUAAACCCAAUCUGCUCUCAAUCCUUAUCCAGUUUGCUAUUCUAUCCUAUGAUUCCAUUCCUAUCCUAGGAGGGCCUUUUAGUUUAGUCAUUCUUUAUGGGUUUUCCCUAAAACCUUACUCAUUCUAAUGAUUCUUUCUUUCUUCUUCUUCUUCUUCUGAUUUGAACGGAAUGGCUUCUUCUCAAGUCCAAGUUGCGUCGUCUUCACCGUUUGGGUGCGUUCUGAGAGAUCGAAACCGGCGGGAUCGUUGCAGCCCCAAUUCCAAAGGGUCCAAUUCGUUCCAGAAGAAUCUCAAGGAUUUAGUGCAUUCUUGCAUUCCCCGUCAGCCCAGGAAUUUCAAUUCCGAUUCUGAUGAAAACCAGGUUGACCCGACGGACUUGUGGGUUCAUAAGCCCCAGUAUCUGGAGAAGAAAGACGAAAACGAUCAGUGGAACAGUAAUAAUAAGGCUUCAGAAAACUGGAGAAAAGUCAAAGACGUCGUUUUUUCGCCGCCGCCGGAAUCCUCCGUGGAGAUACCGCAUUUGGGCGGCGUCUCUUCCCUCGUGCGGAAAUGGAGUGAUUUCGAGGCGGAGGCGAAAACUAACAAUCCCAGAGGAGGCGAAGAAUCUUCCAUUGACGGAAGGUCCGAGGCUCAGAUAAACGAAGAAUCUUCAAUUGACAGUUGGGAAUCCGACAGGACGCCGAAGAGCGGCCCGCCGUCGGAUCGCGGGAUAGAUUCCGACGCUACGGAGAGAGAGAGGAUCAGGGUCGCCGAUAUAAUCAGGAAAUUGUCCUCCAGUACCGCUGGCGAGAACCAUGAUCGAGAACCCAGCAUUAAUGAAGCAGCAUUAUUACUGCCUCGGAUUAGAACAUCAUCGGAUCAUCAGCCGGAGCAGCUCCGGUGUUUCACUCCGGUUCUGAACUCUCCCCGCAUCAUCAGAGGCCGCCAGGCUUUCAACUCUUUUCUUAUGCAAGUGGAGCGCGAGAGAGCCAUGGAGCUUGAAGGUCUUACACAGCGUAAAGCGGUCUCUAAAUUCCAACAGAAAGGCCGCAUUCAGGCUGUGCUUCGACUUAAACUCCUAAGACACGGGGCGAAAGCCAGAGAUGAGCCACCAUCAAGUAGCACCUCGCCUGAAUCAAAUAGAAAACCGCAAUGUUCAAUAUCCCAUCUCAGGGAGAGAUUCAGUGCUGGAGUUGAGCCCAGAAAAGCUCCUGAUAGCAAUGCAGAAGCUGGAAAAGUUUCCGAAUCCAAUCAAUCGAGACAAGAUCAUAGUACCUCAACAAAUGGAAAUGUUGGACUCAAAGAAGAGAAUCAUCCUCAAAUUAAUAGUGAUCCUCAAAGAGAGCUGUCAAAGAAUAGACAAGAAAACGGCUUGGAAAUUCGCCAUAGGGAAGCAGUAAAUAUUGGAAAUGUUUCCACAUCUUAUCAACUUCAAGAAAGGGAGUGUCUCGAUGACUUGGUUGGGCCUCACAGAGAGGUAGCAGCAGCACCUGACCCGUUGAUCUCACGAGAAGAGGAACUUGAAGUUUAUCAUAAUUGUGAACAAGUUAACUCCACUUUACAGCAUAGUGAUCCUCAACAUCAGAUUGAAGGAGCUAGUAAUGAAUUUUCAAUUGAUUGGGAAGAGGCAAUAGCCACUAGUCAACAACCAGUAGAAAGUUAUUAUGACUGGGAUGAUCAACAGUCUGGUUUCCCCCAACAACAAGAAUAUGAUCAAGAUUGGAUAAUCGACGUUUCUCGCCCACGCAGUGAAUGGGAAGAUCUCAGGCAAGUAAGGUACCAGGAGAUGCUUGAUCCCUUUGAAAAUAAUGAUAUACGAGAACUCCUUCAAAGGAGAAGUGUUUCAAAUUUUCUUUCUGGCAGUCUGAGAGACAAAAUAGAUGAGAUUAUUAUGUCUCGCUCACAAAGAGUAGUGGUGGCAGACUAUAAGAGUGAGGACAUAGUUCAAGGUGGAGAAGAAGACAAAUAUGAUGAAAGUGGUGAUGAGUAUGAAGUUGAUAGCCAGACUCAAGAACAACCAGAAGACGAAGCUGCAGAAGUAGUCGAUCACACUUGGGGCCAUAAUCUGAUAGCAACUACAUCCUUACCGCAAUCUCAAUCAGCUAAGUUAUACUCCACACGCCAUCCUUCAAUCGAAGUAGAACUCAUAUAUGAAUUAAGAGAGCAUAUGGAACGACUCCAUCAAGAGAUGUCUGAAAUACGACGUUCAUUAAAGGAUUGCAUGAACAUGCAAGCUAAAUUACAAAAAUCAAUCAAGCAUGAAGUUGCAGGUCAAAAGAGUAGGAGGAGGGGUUCGAGCAACGGAAACUGCUGUAUUUGCUCUGAGAUGAAAAUUGAUUCUCUCCUGUACAGAUGUGGGCAUAUGUGCACCUGCUUCAGGUGUGCCCAUGAGCUAGUUUGGGGCAAUGGAAGCUGCCCAAUAUGCCAAGAACCAAUACUAGAUAUCGUACGUGCUGUAUAUGCUGCUCCAUGAAUUGAAGGAGAGUUUACGGUUUACCACAAGUUGUUGCUUCACUGGAGCCUGCCUUAACUCUCCAACUCUCAUCUGCCCAGUGAAAAAUUUAAAUUAGCCAAGGGGGAGGAGGAUUUAGUACUGGUGGAGUCUGCCUUAACUCUCUAAUUCUGUCCACUGAAGAAUUAGCCAAGGGAGAAUUUUUUAUCUUUUUGAGUGCUUAUCCCCUAGGCUUUAUUUCUAGCUUGUUUAGCACCCAUUUCUCUUUAAUGUGCAUAGCCAGGGCUGAUUGACUCAUGAAAUGUUCAAUAAUGGUUUUGUUUGGUAAAAUAGUUAGCUUAUCAAUCAAUUUUGACUUA